UUAACUUUCUUGACGCAAGCUUUUCUAGCGCGAAAUGCCUUCUGGGUAGUGGAGGAUGGAAGUCGUGGAGAGACUGGUGCACAGUCUUUAUGGUUUGAAAAAUGGCGCUCACGAUUGAUGAAUCUUGGAUUCGAGAACGAGUCAAGCUCAAACACGACCAUUUAGACGAUGUCAAAUCACUGUCUUUACCAGGCACUUAUCAAGAAAAGAUUUCAUCUCUUGGGAGUUCUUUGAGAAGUUUUACAAGACUCAAAAACUUAGAUUUGUCAAGAAAUAGUAUAACUAUUCUUGAGGGUUUAGAAGGGCUAAAGCUACUGGAAAACCUUAAUUUAUAUUACAAUAAUGUUUCAACAAUAAGAGAUCUAAAUGCUCUAAGGCAUUUGAAUAAUCUUAAGGAACUUGAUCUUCGGUUGAAUCCUGUCACUAAAAAUGAGCCUGAUUACCGUCUUCAUAUUGUACACAUGCUGCCCAACCUCAAGAGGCUUGAUGACAGRUCUGUUAGAGACAGUGAAAGAAGGGCUGCUUUAAUGCAUUUCACCUCUGAUCAGGCUUCUGAUUUCAAUAAAGUUUACUCAAACAAAACAGAAAGUGACAGGGUUUCUGUUCCAAGAUCAGACAUGGUUCGUAACCUUGGAGCAAGAAAUACAGUGUUYGAAGAUGAUGAUGUUGCAAUACUGGAUAUGAUAACAAGGACUAGUGGCGACCUAAGACAACCAAGACGAGUGACWGGCUCAUCKUCAAGGCAACCYGAUCUUGAGGACUUUAACAGAGAUGAAAUACACAAUAUGGAACCAUAUGGAACUCCAAGACAACACAGGCAUAAUGGUGGGCUAGAUAGAAAAACAAAAAGUCCACGCAUYAAAGACAGAGUUUAUGUGCAAUUUGAAGAUGAUGUUAGAUGCCAACAAGAUGAUCUCAUGAAAUAUACCGAUGAAUCAGAAGCAUAUUCAAGUUUGAAUACCAGAGGCCAUUUCACGGCUAAUCCACUUGUGAAUGGCCAUGGUGAAAUACUGGUAACACAACGACCAAUAGAAAAAGCUGCACCACYMAACAUGACACACGGACACUCACAUGAAGCUGGAAGGACAYACGGACAGUCACAUGAAUCUGGAAGGACAUUUGAUUUCUUCUCACCUGAAAAACGUAUUCAUGAGAAUGCACAUGAGGAUUAUGAUGUAAAUGAAUAUGAUGGGUCUCGUCAAAGGUGGACAUCGCCACGGCAAUCACAAGGACCUAUUGCAGAUAAGAUUGGACAGUCACAAAGACCCAUGGCAGAUAAAAUAGUGCAUGAUAGAACAGAUCAUGCAUUUGAUCAAAUGGAUGAUCCAGCAAAGGACCAUGAUCCUUCUGAUGUCUUGUUCAAACUAUUGGACCUUGUUGACAGGUACUGGAAUGGCUCUAAAUCGCUUCAUAGAAAUAUGAAAUUUCAAAGCUUGGCCAGGAAACUACUUCCAUCAGAUGACAGGUCAAUCAAUCAGCCAACACCUGUUAUCACUGAAAAGCUAAGAACAGAGUUGUCAGAACGCACUGCAGAGCUGUCAAGACUUAGGGACCAAAUGGCUGAGCAACAUAGGGAACUGGAGUCACUGCGCAGCAGAAUAAAAAGUCAUGAAAUGGUGCAAGAAAAUUUUCAUGACACAUCAAAAGAACUGAAUGCUGUUAAAAGUAAGUUGAGAGAAGUAGAAGAACAAAAUGUGAUAUUAAAAGCUAAAGCAUCAAGUUUAGAGGCCAGAAAUCUAAGCGCUACAGAACAGGAAAAACAAUUAGGGGAAUUAUUAAAGAGAAACAGUAGCUUAGAAGAGAAAGUGCAGUCAUUUAACACCCAGAUGACACAACAAAAUAAAAACUUACAACAGUUACAAGAACUUACAGACAUGCUGCAGGAAAGUCACAGAUCUCUUGUAGCUACUAAUGAUCAUUUGCUUCGUGAGCUUGAUGAAACUCGCCAGCGUCACUCAACUGAGGUACAACAGAUGCAGUGGAGUUAUGACAAGCUUAAACACAGCAUGGACUGGCUUCCAAAUGGCAGUAGAUAAUCAGCAUGUAGUGAUCAUAUUUAGCUCGACAAAUGUAUUAUUUAUUUUUUUUUACAAGAAUGUAUUUGUUGUUAGUGACAAGGAGGAUUCAUGGCUGGUUUGCAUGGUAUCGUUUGCACAAUUAAGUGCAAAGGCAAAACAACUCAGGAAUGUUGUUUUAAGACUAGUUUUAAGCUUGCAUCUGAUGUGUCACCAUUGUGUGUGUUUUAUUUUUGAGGUGUGUUUCGCUGAACCAAGAUGUAAAUAUUUUUAUCAUUAGCCUCUCCUCCCCCCAAAAAAGCAGAAGCUCCCUGACUGACAGGUUGUUUGUGUUUGGCUUUAUUCCAAUGUAGUAGACCAAAGCCAGCAAAAUUGUAAUCGUACAUAUUGGCAUGAUUUUUAAACAAUAGCAGUUAUAUCAUAUAUUGAGUGAAACAUUUGCAUCAUUUUGUUUACAUUACUGGAUUAGAUUACAAGCAUUUUAGUAUUAAUAACAAUUAAAGUUUGCAGUAYUACAAGUGUCAAAAAACACCGGAAGAUUUUUUUUGUAAAAUUUAAAAAACUUCAUAUGAAUCAAUUUUUUUUGGCACAAGUACUGUACUUUGUUUUUUUUCUUUACAAUUUUAAAUCAGUAUGACAUGACGUAUGAAUAACAAAAACUCUUUUUACACCAUGCCAAUUAUUGAGCUUUCAAUGACAUGUACUGGAGAUAAAUUGUCCUAAAGAAGGUAUUUAGUCUUGCAURGAUUCAAGGGCUACUACAACUUGGCACUCUGUAAAUUGAGUAUUCUUGUAAAAUUGAGUAUUCCAUUCAUUGUGUAUAAUGGGUGGAGUGAUAUKAGUAAAUCUUGACUUGCCAACAGUAUUAUUAAAGACCUGCAGUGUUUACAGUAUAUAAACAAACCCUGAAAAAA